CUUCUCCUUCCGUUUGUAGAACCAGCACUAAGCAAGAUUCCCCAAGCUGCUUCAUCUCUCCCUGUCCGGACUCUUCUCCUGCUGCGCCCCGGAAUCCCUGUUCAGCAAGGACUCUUUCCUGCUGCACCCCGCGAUCCGCGUUCAGCAGUCCUCAGAUUGAGCGGUGCCUGGGCAGCCACUCCGAGACCCCACAGGAAGCAGUCAGCUCCCUCCGCUCUCACAGGGGUCCGGGGUUGCGCAGUGGGGAGGAAGUAUAGGAGCCAACUCGCGGAAAACUUCCUGGGGAGAUGACUGGGCCACCGGGCGCUCAUUGAAGUGGUGCCGCCAGGAUUGCAGGUUCUGAGCUGCGGAGACCCGGGGACCUGCAGCCACGCCUCCCGGCCAGGGCCUGCGUCCCCCCAAAGCGAAGGGGAGGCCGCUGCCCGCAGGCGGGAAGCUGAGCCACUUGGCAUCACGAUGCUUUGUGGUCCUGCCGCAGGAGCCCGAGGCGGCCGCUUCCCACCGGCCCGCAGCCGGCAGCAAUAGCCAUGGAAGUUGGGGCGGCGCAGAGCGAGAGGGAACCGCUUGGCGCGGCAUCUCUUCUGGAUGCUUUUCCUCCUCACAGACCCCUUCUUCCCUCCUGUCUGGGUGGCCGUUCCCGCAGCAGCGCCCCCAGUGUGCCAGCCCAAGGGUGCCACUAACGGGCACUACCCGGCCCCACGCCUGUCCAUCUCCUCCCGAGCCACGGUGGUAGCCAGGAUGGAAGGUGCCUCCCAGGGGGGCCUGCAGACCGUCAUGAAGUGGAAAACCGUGGUUGCCAUCUUCGUGGUGGUGGUGGUCUACCUUGUCACGGGUGGUCUCGUCUUCCGGGCUCUGGAGCAGCCCUUUGAGAGCAGCCAGAAGAAUACCAUCGCCUUGGAAAAGGCAGAAUUCCUGCGGGACCACAUCUGUGUGAGCCCACAGGAGCUGGAGACGUUGAUCCAGCAUGCCCUUGACGCUGACAACGCAGGAGUGAGUCCGAUAGGAAACUCCUCCAACAACAGCAGCCACUGGGACCUCGGAAGUGCCUUUUUCUUCGCUGGAACUGUCAUCACCACCAUAGGGUAUGGGAAUAUUGCUCCGAGCACUGAAGGAGGCAAAAUCUUUUGUAUUUUAUAUGCCAUCUUUGGAAUUCCACUCUUUGGUUUCUUAUUGGCUGGAAUUGGAGACCAACUUGGAACCAUCUUUGGGAAAAGCAUUGCAAGAGUGGAGAAGGUCUUUCGAAAAAAGCAAGUGAGUCAGACCAAGAUCCGGGUCAUCUCCACCAUCCUGUUCAUCCUGGCCGGCUGCAUUGUGUUUGUGACGAUCCCUGCCGUCGUUUUCAAAUACAUCGAGGGGUGGACGGCCCUGGAGUCCAUUUACUUUGUGGUGGUCACUCUCACCACGGUGGGCUUUGGCGACUACGUGGCAGGGGGAAAUGCUGGCAUCAAUUACCGGGAGUGGUAUAAGCCCCUCGUGUGGUUUUGGAUCCUGGUUGGCCUUGCCUACUUUGCAGCCGUCCUCAGUAUGAUCGGAGAUUGGCUACGGGUUCUGUCCAAAAAGACAAAAGAAGAGGUGGGGGACACCCCAGGGCGGUGCAAGGCCCACGCGGCCGAGUGGAAGGCCAACGUGACGGCCGAGUUCCGGGAGACGCGGCGGCGGCUGAGCGUGGAGAUCCACGACAAGCUGCAGCGCGCGGCCACGCUGCGCAGCAUGGAGCGCCGGCGCCUGGGCCUGGACCAGCGCGCGCACUCGCUCGACAUGCUCUCCCCCGAGAAGCGCUCCGUGUUCGCGGCGCUGGACGCCGGCCGCGGCAAGGCCUCCUCCCAGGAGAGCAUCAACAACCGGCCCAACAACCUGCGCCUCCGCGGGCCCGAGCCGCUGCACAAGCACGCGCAGGGGGCCUCCGAGGACAACAUCAUCAACAAGUUCGGGUCCAGCGCCAAGCUCACCAAGAGGAAAAACAAGGACGCCAAGAAGGCCUUGCCCGAGGACGUGCAGAAGAUCUACAAGACCUUCCGCAACUACUCCCUGGACGAGGAGAAGCGAGAGGAGGAGACGGAGAAGAUGUGCAACUCGGACCACUCCAGCACGGCCAUGCUGACCCACUGCGCGCAGCCGCCCGCCGGGGUGGAGAACGGCAUGGUCCCCGCGGACACCAAAGACAGGGAACACGAGAACAACGCGUUGCUGGAAGGCAGGAGCUAAAGGUUCCGGGACACCGGGCUGGAGGAAGCGUUGUGUGUUUUUUUUAUAUUCACCCCGAGACACGUGCCUUAAACAGACUUCUCCUUAGUCCAAAAUUACAUAGCAUUGGAGAAUAUAUUUCACUGUGCCAUAAAGGACUGAGGAAGUUUGCUCUGCCAAAAGGAAUCAAAGAACACGGACUCCGCUUCUGAUGAGCGACCGCCGGACGCCCGGGGAGCGUUUGCACACGUCGGAGGUCACGGCCACCAAGUGUCAAGGCCGAGUGGCCUGGUGGUGCUGUACCCCUGGGCAGCGCCGCCCUGGAGGGCACAUAGACAAGGGCAGCUAUUCCCUAGACCAGCCUUCUGAGAGAAGCAGGUGUGUCUUUUACACGGAGUCUCGCUUCCUGAGCCUACCGCCCGUGAUGUAUGCACACCCAGAAGGACACCGGAUUGGGGGCGACCUGGGACCGGUAAGGAGGGUUUGAGUUGACAUUUGGGCGUGUUGCUCUGAGCUUGAAUUCUGAUCCAAGCCACGCAGUGCAUCCCUAGCCCUUCUCAGCGCCAAUGAGUGCGUGCGGGGCCUGAGAGCUCCCGGGAUUUGUUGGAAGCGGAUCAGAGCACACGUAUUCAAAGGUGCAGUUGCUUUCCUCAUCACAAAAGAAGAAAAAUAAUCACAAACAUCACACUGUGGAUAUCACCUCAACCAAGGCCAGAAGCCUACUGAACUUGGCCUUUCUCACGGGGGUAGGUAGUCCGAACAGACUGGCAGGCCUUGGUGAAACUUCAACCUCAACCGCUGCGUGGUUACAGGCAAAGAAUCAUGCAUUUUCCUCAGUGGGUGCAAUGGUGAAAUAAACUGGUUUUGAAAUGUUCACGUUCACUUUUCUAGUGGAACUUCGGUUGUAACCUGUUUUGAUGAGAGGGGGGAGAAAGUACCAAAACUAAUUGCCUUGCAUGAUGCCAGCGGCUUGCUGUUCUGUCUAGCUGAUCCUAAAAUUUUAUAAAAAUAGGCAUCCUGCAUGUCUGAGACACACCAAGGGGGACCAUGGCAUCAUUCCAUCUCAGGGCUUUUUGUCCCUUGGGGUGUCUUAGGGUAGACAUAGUUACAAGAGCCAAUCUUGCUAUCUCCAAACAGGAGGAAAACUAACCCCUCAACCAACCCUUGUACAAGAAAACGGAGUCGUUUUUGUUUGCAGUUUAAGUGCCAUUAAUGCCAUUUUAAAAAAUAAUACUUAAAAGAAGUAUUUCAAAUA